AUCUGCAAUCAUCUGCAAUCAUCUGCUUCUCUAUCAGACGACAGUUUCUCCAGCCCGCUCGCUUGUCUCGUGGUGAAUUGGUGACAAGCAUCUCUCGUCUCAUCAGCGCCAGUGUUUUUCUUUCCCACCAAAACAAAAAAUGGCUGCCCAUGAUUUGGCUAUCAUCGCACUCCUCUCACCGAAGCUUGAUCAUCACUUCCUUGUUAUUCUCCUGCUGCUGUUAAUCCCUUGUGCAGCUCCGUUUUCUUUUGAAUUUCCCACUUUCCGACGAAGUGAUCACACCAACAGUACGGAAGAGUUGAAAAAAUUAGUUACCGAGGGAGAUGCUGUUAUCGGCAACCAAUCCAUUUGCCUCACUGAAGGCAGCCUGGGUGUGGAAACAAAUAAAGCUAAUGGAAGUGUUGGCCGUGCUACCUACAGCGAACCCUUCCUGCUCCGGGACAAUAAUACAGGAAAACUUGCUGAUUUCAGCACAAGUUUCACGUUCAUGAUUGAUACGAAAAACAGUACCACCCCCUCCUAUGUCGAGGGGCUGGCCUUCUUCUUAGCGCCAAAUGGAUCCUUACUCAACCGAGCACUUGGAGUAGGUAGCAGUAUGGGCCUUGCUGUCAACAGCUCCGUGGAAAAUGUUACUGAGCCAAGAAAUGAGUACCCGUUUGUGGCAGUGGAGUUUCAUAUGCACAGGCCAACUGUGGAGGAUCCAGACGGCGGUCGUGUGGGGAUUGACAUCAACUCUGUCAAGUCUAAUAUUACCAGGCCCUGGAAUAGUGGAAUUCUGGAAGGAAAACUUAGUCGUGCUUGGAUUCGUUAUAAUUCAAGCUCGAAAAAUCUUAGUGUUUCCUUCACCACUUAUGCCAAUGAUACCCACGAGCAAGUAGUUGGUUCUCUCAUUUACAUGGUUGAUCUGAAUAAAUACUUGCCGGAUUGGGUCAUCGUUGGCUUUUCUGCUUCAACAGGUGCUUCUUCUGCUCUGCACAUCACCUCGUGGAAUUUCACUUCUACUCUGAUUGAUGAUGAAUCUCUAGCUCUUUCGGGCGAACAAAAAAAGCAAGAAUCUCCAGUUCCGACCCCAGGCCGUAGUUCUAAAGCCAAGUCAAGAAAACGCAAGAAAUCUCUGGCGGUGAUUAUCGGUAGUACUACUGGUGGUGGUGGAUUCAUCUUGAUUUGUGUCGUAGGUUUGGGUGUGUUCAACUCGUGCAAGAAAAGAAUAGUGAGAGAAAGGACUGAUACAAAGCUUAUGAGUCCUCAUGACUCAGUUGACCAGUUACAGAAGGUGAUUGGCGGCCCCAGGCAGUUUUCGUACAGCGAAUUGGCUUCCGCGACAGGACAUUUUAGUGAGAGAGAAAAGCUUGGAGACGGAAACUUUGGGGUGGUUUACAAGGGCUACCUAAAAGACUUGGACUCCUACGCUGCUGUUGAGAAGAUAUCAUUAGGACCUGAAACGGGGAUCAAGGAAGUUGUAUCAGAAGUGAGGAUCAUCAGUCGACUUAGGCAUCGGAAUCUGAUGCAACUCAUCGGUUGGUGCCACAAAGAAAGACAACUCCUACUGGCUUUCGAGUUCAUGCCCAAAGGUAGGUUAGAUGCUCAUUUGUUCGAAGAAGAAAGCUCGUUAGUUUGGGAGGUACGAUACAAAAUUGCUCAAGGCUUAGCCUCCGGGUUGCUCUAUCUACAACAAGAAUUGGAACAUUUUGUGCUGCAUACGGAUGUCAAAUCCAGGAACGUUAUGUUGGAUUCAAAUUUCAACCCUAAACUAGGGGGGUUUGGGUUAGCAAAGCUUCUGGACCACGAAGAAGGAAUAGACAAUCUUAUUGCCGGAACCUAUGGCUACAUGGCUCCUGAAUUCUUUACAGACGGUAAAUAUUCCAAGAAAACAGAUGUCUACAGCUUCGGAGUUGUUGCUUUGGAAAUAGCCUGCGGGAGAAAACCCAUUGAUCACCAGGCAGAAAGGAGUAAAAUCGAUAUGGUGGAAUGGGUUUGGGAGCUUUAUGAAGAAGGGAAAGUCACAGAAGCAGCUGACCCAAAAUUGUGUGGGAUUUUUGAUGAGCAGCAGAUGGAGUGCUUGAUGAUUGUCGGAUUGUGGUGUGCUCAUCCGUGUGACAGUUCAAGACCUUCAAUUCAAGAAGCAAUUCGAGUGCUUAACUUUGAACUUCCAUUGCCAGAUCUCCCACCAAAGAAGCCAAUUUUUCCAUCAUCUCCUUCAUUGUCACCUCCUCCUUCAAUGUCACUCUCGAGGUUGACUAGCACUAAUGCUUCUGAAUCUCGCCUGUACACAAUCUUUCUCGCAGUCAGCUUUGUAUUGAGGCUGCGCACCGCCAUGAUGAAUAGAAAAAAGAGAGGAGAUGAAGCGAGAGAGAAUGCAGGAUGGAUUAGGGAGUCGGGUUUCUGAUUCUUCAUUUUUCCGAUGUUUUCGGCUAUCUUUUUACUAGCGUUUCAAUUGCUACGCUAGGAAUUCUCCGAUUAUAUAUGAGUGUAAGUUAUUAGUGAAAAUUUGAUUUGAUCAAACAAGUUUGAGCUUGGGGCUCCCUAGAGUACUAA